AGUUGUCGGAGGGAUGUAAGUGCGAUGAUGCAGCUGAAGAGCGGGGAUGCAGCGUACUACCACAGCGCAGAAUACUGCAGGAACUACACCUCACCGCCCACCGUCAGCUACGGCCACUGCAGCCAUUAUCUGCCCCGGCUGCCAGGCCAUGAGAACAUGUUGAAGCCUCCUCUGAGUCUCUUCAGUCACCCUCAGCAGCCAUUCCACCACAUGGACUCUCUGCACCAGCUGGGGCCUCCACCUAUGGCACCUACGCAGCCGCUCGGCCCACCACCCAUCUCCCCGGCUCAGGCAAUAGGACCCCCAACUAUGGUUCCCUCCCAGCCUCUAGGGCCCCCUCCCAUAAGUGCUACUCACACAUUAAGGCCUCCCCACAUUACCCCACCACACAGCUUAGGCCCUCCUCCAAUGGUGCCAGCUCAGCCUUUGGGGCCUCCACCCUUGCCACACACCUUGGGGCCCCCACAAGCGAUAGUGCCUCCAACUAUGGACCUCACACAGCCAUUAGGGCCUCCACCUUUGAACCAUGCACAAGCACUGGUGCCACCGCCUAUAGUGGCGCCCGGAGCUGGCAGAUUCCCCCUCGCUCCCGGCCCUCUGUCGUCCCCUCCUGCUCCUGGCCCAGAUCCCUCACAGCUGCCCCCACGGCCCCCAGGUCCAGUCCUCAUCCCAUCCCCGGUGUCUGGCCUCAUCCCCGGUCAUCUCCCUGGUCAGGCAGCCCCAGCCAGUGAGCAGCCCCAGGAUGAGGGCUCUCCGCUGGGGAUGGAGGAGCAGGAGGACUCUCUGGGGCUGGAGGAACUGUGCAAACCGCUGUACUGUAAACUCUGCAAUGUUACACUCAACUCCGCUCAGCAGGCGCAGGCUCACUACCAGGGGAAGAACCACAGUAAAAAGUUGAGGAAUUUCUACGCUGGGAGUCAACAGCCACCAGCCAUUAGGAUCCCAGAAGUCCUUGAUGCGGCGGGGCAGACGGCCCUCAACUCAGGAUCCACAGACAGUGACACAGGCAGACAGGCGCUGUACAAGGGGGCGACUCGGGUCAUCCUGGCCACAGAGAACGACUACUGUAAGCUGUGCGAUGCCUCCUUCAGUUCACCGGCCGUUGCACAGGCUCACUACCAGGGCAAGAACCACGCCAAGAAACUACGGCUCGCAGAGGCCCAGCAGAAUUCCAAUAACAUUGAAGGCAGCAGUGAGGCAGCCGCCAGAAGAAACAGGAAAGAUGGCAGCGAAUACAAACUGGUGAAAAACCGCCGCAGCCCACAGCUACCGGUCGCCAUGCCAGGGCCGUACUACAACCCGAGGCCGAGGCAGCGCAUCCCCAGGGACUUGGCCAUGUGUGUGACUCCCAGCGGACAGUUCUACUGCUCCAUGUGCAACUGUGGUGCCGAGCAGGAGACGGACUUCAGGCAGCAUCUGGAGAGCAAGCAGCACAAGGCUAAAGUGUCGGAGCUAAGAUACCGCCACGAGAUGGAGAACCUCGGCUACAGUUAAGGGACACGUGAUGAGCGGGGGGGUAAGAGGAGGGACAGAACGGGUGCAGGUGGUAAUACUUAGUGAAGGGAUCUGCCCAAAUGGCCUCAAGAGCUCGUUGUAGUUCAUUUGAUUCACGGAUCAGACACUUGACCUAAUGCUCAACCACAUGAAGCUAUAAUUACUCUUAUUUUGAAAAUCUGCCUUUAGAAACAAAGGCUGCAGGAAACAGGAGGUUUGCAUUUGCGAAAAUAGUGGAAGGAGCAGCUCUCACCGCAGAAAAAGUAAAAAUAUAUUCUACAACCUUUUGUGAGACUGUUUCUGGUCAAGUUUUAUCCAAGGUCUUGAGUGGGUUUCAGACAGGAGACGGGUCAGUGUAAAUGAACUGCAAGUAAAUCUUCAGCUUGUUGUGGCUGCAGGGAGACGACGAGUGGUGCACAGGGACCUAAGAGGACGAGAGGAGAGGACAAGGACAGACAGAGAAAACUCAAACUGUGGAAAACAGAGAUAAUGGUUGAUGAAAGUAAAAGGAAAGAAAGAGCCCCGCAGGUGUUGUCAUAGCAGGGACCACUCAGUGACCACUCAGUGACAAAAGAGCAAAUUCAACAUUUUAUAACCUGAAGCAGGCAAUAAGAUCCAAAGUACUAUUUAAAACUAAAUCAAAAGCACAAUGAACAUCACCUGGAAGAAACAGCGUUACACGAAUCUGUUCGCCUUCGCCAACCUUUUACUUACCGGCCCUUUGGUGUGUAUCAGGCUAACGGCUGAGCCCUGCUUAGCUUCGUAUGUGCCUUUAGUGGGAAUAAGGCUAAAGAAUUAACCUUGGCGAGCCAUUCAGCAGAUACAGUAGAAGCCAAUCGACGGUGUUGAUUGGGAUUUUCUAGACUCUCUGUCAUCUUUCUUCUUGUAAAUAUCCUCAAAUUCAAUGAGUUCAGAUAUAGAAUAAGUGAGUACAAUUGAUUCUUUGUUUAAUGUUAGCCUGGUGUAUAUUGUAAAUACUCAUAAUCUAUUUAAUAAUUAUCAGGAAUCUUGUACAAAUUGUGCACUGACUGAAUGUCUGCCCUGUGUGUGUGUGUGUGUGUGUGUGUGUAACUCUGGUACCAUCAGUCUGUAGUGAAAAGCUUUUACAGGAGUUGGAUCUUUGGCAUCGUGAUGGAUGAACCUGCAAACACGUUGAAAACUCCCGGUCUUUCGUUGUCUUUAGCUCCAAACUUCUAAUUAGUUUGCAGCUCAGAUGAACGGUGCUGCUUGAAGAGAGCUUGUGAAUGUUUCUGGUUGUAAGACAUAUCAAGUUAAUUGUCCCGAUCAAUCUCGACUCCCAGAGGGGACGUAACUGAAGUUCUACUGAAGUGUGAAACGGCCUCGGAGGAGCAACACGUCUGCGUUUGCUAAUGGUUUUGUUUUGUUUCACCCUGGACGACCUGCACGGCUUGUUUUUCAAUAUUUAACACAUCCUGAAAAGAAAUGUAGUUCAGUUCGAAUGAAAUUAAACUUUCCUGUUAAUUUUU